AUGAAAUCAACAUUACCAAGAAACGGCAAAAAUUCUUUAACAUUUGAAAGUAUAGUUUGUUCACAAUUAGAAUUACAACGGCGUGCUGCAUCAUUUUCUCAUCGUCGAAGUACAACAUGUCGACAAUCAUUACAAUGUCCAUUGUCAUCAUCAUCAAAUCGAAUUAUGCUAUUAACACCUAUUUCAUCACAAUCAUCAACAUCAUAUUCAAGUAAUCGAACAUCAACAUCAAUGCCAUCAGAUAUUAUAAGUCAAUUUGUAAAAACAAGAAAUUCUAAUAGUAGUAAACGUAGUCGAGCAUCAUCAGCACUUUCUAUUAAUGGUACUCGAAUAGAAAAUGUAACAGAUCGACAAUCUCUUGGCUCAAUAUUUUAUUGGGAUCCAUCAAUAAGAAAUGCAACAAAUAAAAAAAAUGGAUCACGAUGGAGUAUUGAUUUUCCAAAAGAAACACCAUUUUAUUGGAGUUUAAGAUCACGUUUAAUUGAAGAAUACACUGAAUCAGAAUCUUUACUUGAAUUUGCUAAAAAAACUGUUCUUGUACUUAUGAAAACAAAAGAAGCAACAGUUUUUCUUUGUCUUAUUCUUGUUCUUCCAAUUAUAAUGAUGGGAAUUGGUGUUAGUCAUUUAAGUGAUUGUCCACGUCAAAAAAAUUUACCAAUUUAUUUAUUUGUCGCUGGUAUUGUAUCAACUACAAAACUUCUUCAAAAUAUUUGGCAUAAAUAUCGUUUACAACAAAAACGUCUAACUGAUGAAGAACCAUCAUCGAAUCAUAAUGAUGGUCAUGCAUUUAUUGAUGGUUUAAUGACAUCAUUUCUUGUUAUUUGGUUUUUUUUCGGUCAAUAUUGGUUUGUAACUAUAGGAUAUCCACCAUAUUUUGAACAACCAUUAGAAAAUCCAGAUAUUUGGUGUCAUAAAACUGUUGUAUAUUGUGCAUUAGCAUCAAUAGUUAUUACUUAUUUUUUAUUAAUUGCUUUUAUUUCUCUUGUGUUAUUUCUUGUGUUUUUUACACGAUAUACAAUUAUUAAACGAGCAUCAGAACAUUAA